AUGUGGUACUCACUUGUUUCUUUGAUCCUGCUUGCGCAUACCGUUAGCGCAUGGCUUCCUCAGGAUCGCGACCUUGCUGCGUUUAACCAAACACUCCGAUUCGAGAAGCUUGGAAAACGCUUUAAGCCUUCAUUACCUAAUGGAGUCACCAAGAUCCGAGGUGUCAACUUUGGUGGAUGGUUAAUCUGCGAGCCAUGGAUGAUGGCUAGCGAAUGGAGCAAAAUGGGAUGCGAAUCAUCGGAUGUGUCUGAAUUCGACUGCAUGCGAAACCGCUACAGUGGUUCUAACCGUGACGCUGGCAACAAGGCUUUUGAAGAGCACUGGAAGACUUGGAUCAACGCCGACACGGUACAGUCCGUCCAUGAUGUGGGCUUGAACACCAUCCGCAUCCCGAUUGGCUACUGGUCGUAUACCGACAUCGUCGACACGUCUAGUGAGCCCUUUGCCGACGGAAAUCUCAUGUUGCCCUACCUCGACGCCGUUGUUCAGAAGGCUACUGACUUGGGCAUGUACGUCAUCAUCGACCUCCACGGCGCCCCGGGUGGUCAACAGCAGGAUGUAUUCACAGGCCAGAACCCGAAUCCCGCCGGCUUCUUCAACGAUUACGACUUUGGCCGUGCUGAGAAGUGGCUCACUUGGAUGACCAACCGUAUCCACUCGAACCCAGCGUACGCCUCAGUCGGCAUGAUCGAAGUACUCAACGAGCCAGUCUCGAAGCACGACAGCGGAAACCGGUACCCAGCCCCGGGCGAGGACCCAGGUCUAGUGCAGACAUACUACCCCGGCGCUCUCAAAGCAGUGCGCGACGCCGAAGCAAACGUAGCCGACGACAAGAAACUACACGUACAGUUUAUGUCAAGCAAAUGGGACUCAGGUAACCCGCGCGCAAACUCAGCAGUCGCCAACGACGCAAUGACAGGUUUCGACGACCACAACUACAUCGGCUUCGCUCUAUCAAACACAGGCGACCAGUCCAGUCUAAUGCACAGCGCGUGCACGGACUCACGACUCGUCAGUGGCCAGGACUUCCUCGUCACGGGCGAGUGGAGUAUGACCUCCGGCGCGGAUUGGUCCGAUGCGGAUUUCUUCAAGAAGUUCUUCACCGCUCAGCAGCAGCUUUAUGAGAAGCCCGGUAUGAGCGGUUGGAUUUAUUGGACUUGGAAGACGGAGUUGAAUGACCCUAGAUGGACUUACUCGCAUGCUACGGCACUCAAAUAUGUACCGACAGAUGCGGCUGGGCUUGAGAAUAAUGUAUACCAGGACGUCUGUGCUGGGUUUACGUAG